UUUCAAUCAUUGAGGCUUCACCUUUUAGUCUUUCAGUCUUCCCUCUGCCUCUCCCCAAUACCCGUCCGCCGCUUCCUAUCCCAAUCAACCACCAUCAACAUCAUCUCUCGGUGGUGCCUGCUUUCUUUAUCUAGCCCUACCUUACCCUAACACACCCUUUCCCUAUAAUGGCGGCCAACGCUGCUCCCUCCGACCUCUCUGACGGCCCUGUCCUUAAUGUUAUCAACAAACGCCUCCGUGCCCUACGCAAAAAAUUAAACCGAAUCACCCAAAUGGAAGACGCUCUUUCCCAAGGCAAAACCCUCAACAAAGAACAAGAAGAGGUCUUACGUUCCAAGCCCCAAGUCACCUCUCUUAUCGACGAACUCGAGAAGCUUCGUCUUCCUUUAGCAUCCGCUGUUUCCGAGGAACUCGCCCUUCAUACCAACAACUCAUCAUCACCCUCUGUUGACCAAACCGACCCCGUGCGUAACCAAUCCCAGCAAGUAGAUAACGAUGCCGUUUUGUCUGAUCUGCUGAACUUGCUGUAUUUCGGGUCUUUGUUUGACGUGAAGUCGCAGACUGAUUUCACCGCCACUAUGUUGACCAGAACGCACGAGAGAGGCUGUUGUUUGACGUACGAUUACGUGACUGAUGACGCUACUGAUCUGCUUGGCGAGUUGGAUUUAGAUAUGAUUUCAAUGCUCAGUGGAUUGUUGGUCUCGCGACCCAUUGACUCGAGUUUGUCACACAAGAAGGCGUUGCAGCACUGUAUAGAGCACGCCAAGCUCUGGCUUUCAAACGCUGACCAGCUUAUUGAGCCCAAUGCUAAUGUCACUUAUGCAGGAUUGAGGGAGAGGCUGAACAAAAUUAUGGGUUCAGAUUAUUUUACGACCACCCCAGAGAUGAAAGCGCCUGUGGAAAUGGCUGCAGCAGCCAAUUAUGGUUCUUUUCAGGUACCAGUACAUGGUUCUGUUGUUCCUGUUUCGGUGUCAGUGCAGGUGGAAGGUUCAACUGUACAGUAUCAGGAGAAGGACGAAGACAUGAUGAAUUAUCAAGAACAUGAAACCGGGGAUAAUCAAUCUGGUCGUGCAGAAGAACUUCAAAAGGAUGACUUGGAGACAGAAAACCCUGCAGAAGGUGCUAUGGUCCAAGAAGAACAAGUGAAAGAGGAGGCAGAGUUGGAGCAAAAUUAUAGAGAUGGAGAGCCAAAGGAACAACAGUAUGGUCCCCGAAGACCCUAUCAGAAUCAAAGAGGUGGUCGUGGUGGUGGCCGUAGAGGCUAUUCAAAUGGUCGUGGGGGUCGUGGCAGUGGCAGAGGAGGUGGAGGCUACCAGAAUGGCCGGAACCAAUAUUAUGAUCAGCCUGGUAACUACUAUCCUAGAAACUACUAUAACAAUAGGGGAAGGGGAGGCAGGGGUGGUGGGCACCCUUACAGUAACCAUGGUGGGGCGGUUCAAGGUGGUUAUGCGGCAGCUGACAAUGGUGUGAAAUCAUGAUACCAUCUCUAUUUAGGUGUCUAUAGGUUGUCUGAUCACUAGCUUAUGUUGUAGGUGGUGAAAAUGUUCGUUUUCUUUUCGAGACUUGCAUGAAACAUGAAAGAUGGUUUUACUUUUAUGGGGGUUGAUUUCUCGUUAAAAACACCAUCCAGGAUACCCAUUUUCUUUUUGUAGUUGAGUUAAUAGAGGAUAUUUAUCAAAUGGAAGACCAGAUAAAAGGGUUGGAUAAUUA